AUGGAAGAUCGAGAAAGAUCACGAACUGAUCGAUCAACGAAUGAAUCUAAUACUACUACUACUACUACUGCUGUUGUGACACCAACCAAGAAUGCAAUAAGAGGUUUCAUAUCGGAUAUAUCUGAUAAAUUGAUUGGAGCCAAAAAAGAUGAUCUAAUUUCUUCACCUUCUCCCAAUAUUAUGUCCCCUCCUACUACCAUUAAUACAACAUCAACAACACCAUCACCAACAACAACAACCAACUCAUUAUCAUUAUCAUCAAGUUUGAUUACACCCAUAUCCCCUCCUCCAAAUCCUUCUCCUUCUACUGCCCCUCCAAUCGACUCUAGAAUUCAAGCUAUCGAGAAACAAACUAAACUACCACGUCCAUCAAUCUCUGAAAGAUCUAAAUCUUAUGCUAGAUUGGAUGAAAUUCUUCAAAACAUAAAUGUAUCGGCGGUAGAGACAGACACUGAAGAUCCCAAUACAUUUAAUAGUUUAAUCUCAGAGGAGGAAUCAUUCAAAUCAGAAGGUUAUUCUGCUCUUUCUAGAAAUGAAUUGCUUCGAGUACAAAAUGAAAGAUUAAAGAGUGAAAAUAUUGAUUUAAAGAAACAACUGAAUAUCAUCAUUCAUGAUAAUGGUGAACAACAUGAAAAUACAUUAUAUUUAAAAUCGGUGAUCCAAGAACAGGAUGAAUUCACCAUGAAGCAAGAUUCUGUGGUUCAAGAACUAAAAGCAGGAUAUGUAUCGACACUAGAGAAACUCAUCAACGAUGAGACUAAAUUUCAAGAGGAUAAAGAGAAAUUGCUAAAUGAAAAUCAAAGUCUUAGAGAUACUAUAGAUAUUUUAGAUAUAAAUGUAAUUGAUUUAACAAGAGAAUUAAGAAAACAAAAAGAUUAUUCAAUAGAAGCAGUUGUACAUAGAUUAAAGAAUGGAAUCACUCCAAGUGGAAUAGAAAGGUUAAAAUCAAUACAAGAAAAGGAGAAAUUAAUGGAACAAGUAGCAAAGCUUUAUAGUUUGGAUUUUAAUGAUGAUCCACUAUUCCAAGUUAUCAUUUAUUUUAGAAAUAUAUUAUCAUGGAAAUUAUUUAUUAAAAUGUUGAGAAACAAUUAUGAUGCAUUGGAAUAUUAUACUAGUUAUUGUAAAAAGUAUGAAAAGUUUGAAGACUUGAUAAAUAUCUACAAAACAAUUAGGAAUCCAUUAGAAGAAGGUUUAUCAAUGGUCAAACAGGCAACCACUGAAUACAAGCACGAUACUACAUCACAAAUGAUGAUAUUAGAGGAAACAUCCAAAUUCUUUUCCUCUUUUCAACAUCUAUCUUUUUAUCAAGAAUCUCUUUGUAUUUAUUUAAAUUCUUUAAAGAAUGGUGUAAAUUUGAGUGUGUUAUCCCAUUUCAACCAAUAA